AUGAAUCUCAAAGAAAAUAAAUUUGUCAGGUUUCAGGAUUGGAGCUCAGAGAUAUCCUUCAGUUCAGAGCAGCAAUGCUCCAAUGAAUACGGAUUUUACGCAAGAAAGGUCAAACCAACUUUAAAUUCAGUUUGGGAUUUUAUCCGACGAGGGUGGAAUAUGGGUUCAGAGAGGACUAGAAGCCUAACGAAAACAGCGAGAUUCUACUCUAGGGGUGCGCGCCCAGCAAAAGAACCAGGACCUAAAACGAAGAUCCUUGAUCCACAGGUGGCUAUAGACCCCUUAUUCUUUUACAUUCCGUGGGUUAAUGGCACUGCCAAAGAUAAAUGCCUUGAUGUGGACCAUAAGAUGGAAGCUGCUGCUUGCGUUCUGCGUACAAUCAUUGAUGUAUUGUACACACUUCGCAUAGCCUUUCAAUUCCGGACUGGGUUUAUAGCCCCUUCUUCUCGCGUAUUCGGAAGGGGUGAGUUGGUUGAGGAUCCUAAAGUCAUAGCCAAAAAAUAUUUGACCUCCUACUUUAUCGUUGAUAUUCUAGCAAUUCUUCCACUUCCUCAGGUAGUUGUUUUAAUCAUCCUUCCAUCAGUUGAUGGCCCGGUUGCAUUGGCUGCAAAAAACUUAUUUGAGCUUAUAAUAUUCUCCCAAUACAUACCAAGACUUGUUCGAAUCUAUCCACUGUUCAAAGAAAUAACUAGAACUUCUGGCAUACUCACUGAAACUGCAUGGGCGGGAGCUGUUUUCAAUCUCUUUCUCUACAUGCUUGCCAGUCAUAUAAUUGGAGCCUUUUGGUACUUGUUCUCCAUUGAACGAGAAGAUACGUGCUGGCGUGAUGUGUGUAAGGACCAUGAAGGGUGUGAUGCUAAUCACUGGUACUGUGGAAAACAUCGUCAAGAAAACUACACAAUAUUCCUGACUCAGUCAUGCCCUUUUAUCCAACCUGAUCAAAUUCAAAACUCAACGGUCUUCAAUUUUGGUAUAUUUAUUGAUGCUCUUGAUUCUGGAGUGGUGGAAUCAACUUACUUUGGACGGAAAUUCUUUUACUGCUUUUGGUGGGGUUUGCGUAAUCUCAGCUCUCUUGGCCAAAACCUUAAAACGAGCACUUUCACUGGGGAGAUUCUCUUUGCCAUCUUCAUAUCCAUCGCUGGAUUGGUUUUGUUUGCACUGCUUAUUGGCAAUAUGCAGAAAUAUCUCGAAUCCACAACUGUUAGAGUAGAGGAAAUGCGAGUGAAAAGGAGAGAUGCAGAGCAGUGGAUGUCCCACCGAAUGCUCCCUGAUAACCUGAGGGAACGGAUUAGGCGGUAUGAACAGUACAAAUGGCAAGAAACCAGAGGUGUGGAAGAGCGGGGUAUAAUUCGUAAUCUUCCUAAAGAUCUCAGGAGGGACAUAAACCGCCAUCUUUGCUUGGAUCUGCUCAAGAAAGUGCCAAUAUUUGAGAAAAUGGAUGAGCAAAUAUUAGAUGCAGUAUGUGAUCGUCUCAAGGCAGCUCUUUACACGAAGGAUAGCUACAUUGUUCGAGAAGGGGACCCAGUCGAUGAGAUGCAGUUUAUCAUGCGCGGUCAUCUAGUAAGUGUGACCACUAAUGGUGGAAGAACUGGUUUUUUCAAUGCUGUCUCUCUCAAGGCUGGUGACUUCUGUGGAGAAGGGCUUCUUACAUGGGCCCUGGAUCCCCAAUCCUCCUCCAACCUCCCUAUCUCAACUAGAACAGUACAAGCACUAUCAGAGGUUGAGGCCUUUGCUCUUGAAGCUGAAGACUUGAAGGCUGUAGCUUCCCAGUUUCGCCGAUUACAUCACAAGGAUAUCCAGCACACAUUCAGGUUUUCCUCAGUUCAGUGGAAGACCUGGGCAGCCUGCUUCAUACAGGCAGCUUGGCGCCGUCACUGUAGGAGGAAGCAGGCUAAAAGCUUAUAUCAAGCAGAAGAAAAACUGCAAUAUUCUUUGACAAACGAGGCCAGUACAUCGCCAAGCCUCGGUGUUGCCAUUUAUGCAUCACAGUUUGCUGCCAAUGCAUUAAGAAAUCUGCGGCAGAAUGGGACACAUGCCACUAGAUUGCCGCAAAGAUUGUCAUUUCUCCCUCAAAAGCCAACGGAGCCUGACUUUUCUGCUUAA